GCUAUACCAUAUGUAGAUGGGAGGACUGCGCCCCUUUUUGUUAAAAUCCGAUUAACAGUUUACAGUUACAAAAAGAAGAAAACCGGGUUUGAGCUUCCUCCUUGAUUUUCUCUCCCUAGAUUCCCUCGUUAUUUUCGGCCUUUCUGCUUCUUUUAAUACAGCAACGAGAAGUGGCCGCAAAUUGAGCCGCGGAUGGACCUUAACGACGACGUUUUGUCCUCCUACAGUCACCACCACCACGACGAUGAUUCCUCCGUCCGUACGCCUAAAAUCUUCGACCGCUACUUCUCCUCAUCGUCGUCGUCCUCAGACGACGAAUCUCAACUUUCCAAUUCUUCCAUGGAAGCCACUAGCAAACGCCUUGAUUACAUGAUCCAAUUCUUGGACCGCAAGCUCUCCUCUCCUUCAAACAGUAAUUACACUAAUAACAAUGCCAAUUCUGCAGAUAAUGACACCAAUAAUUCUAAAAGAAACAAGUCUUCGGCUUUGUCGGAGUUCAUAGGGAAAGGAGGCGGAACCGGAAUUUUUAGACUUCCUGUUCGAGGAGCCGUCCACACCGGCCGCCCACCCAGCCUUGAGGUUCAACCCCAUCCGUUAAGGGAAUCCCAAAUCGGUGGUUCUUUGAGAACCAUCACCACCACGGAGACUCAGUUAUGGACUGGGAGUGAUAACGGGGGCGUUCAGGUGUGGCAAUUCAAGGAUUUAUACGGAGGAUGCGGGGACUCCGCGCCAUAUAGGGAGUCUGUGGCUGUCGGAUCGGGGGUAACGUGUAUGGUUGGGGAUGAGGGAAGCAGAGUGGUUUGGAGCGGGCAUAGGGAUGGGAGGGUUAGGUGUUGGAAGAUGGAUUUCAGUUCGGAUGGAUUCAGGGAAGUCGUGUCUUGGGUUGCUCAUCGUGGGCCUAUUCUGUCCAUGGUCAUCACUAGAUAUGGGGAUUUAUGGUCAGGCUCAGAAGGUGGUGCCAUCAAGAUAUGGCCAUGGGAAGCUAUUGAGAAAUCAUUUUCUUUUACAGAGGAGGAGAGACACAUGGCUUCCUUGUUAGUAGAGAGGUCAUAUAUCGACCCUAGAAGCCAAGUCACUAUAAAUGGCUUCUGCAAUGUUUUAACUUCUGAUAUUAGAUACUUGCUAUCUGAUAAUUCUAGAGCAAAAGUAUGGAGUGCUGGUUAUUUGUCAUUUGCAUUGUGGGAUGCUCAUACACGGGAGUUGCUGAAAAUAUUCAAUAUAGAUGGCCAGAUUGAAAGAAUGGACAUGUCAUCAGCACAGGAUUUUACCUUUGAAGAUGAGAUCAAGAUGAAAAUUGUUGCUGGUCCAAAGAAAGAGAAGAAUCAAAGCUCAUUUGGUUUCUUUCAGCGUUCACGCAAUGCUAUAAUGGGAGCAGCUGAUGCUGUUCGUCGAGUUGCUGCAAAAAGUGGAUUUGGAGAUGAUAACCGGAGAACUGAGGCAUUGAUUAUAACCGUUGAUGGAAUGAUCUGGACUGGUUGUGCAAAUGGCUUACUUGUGCAGUGGGAUGGCAAUGGCAAUCGUUUUCAAGAUUUCCAGUACCAUUCUUUUGCUGUUCAGUGCUUUUGUACAUUUGGAUUGCGAAUUUGGGUAGGUUAUGCAAGUGGUACCAUCCAGGUAUUGGACUUGGAGGGUAACUUGCUUGGAGGUUGGGUGGCUCACAGCAGUCCUGUCAUAAAAAUGGCUGUUGGGGCUGGUUACAUUUUCACCUUGGCUAAUCAUGGUGGUAUACGUGGAUGGAGUGUCUUGUCUCCUGGACCUCUUGACAAAAUGUUGCAUUCUGAACUAGCUGGCAAAGAAUUCUUGUAUACGAGGAUAGAGAACCUGAAAAUAUUAGCUGGUACAUGGAAUGUAGCGCAAGGACGAGCAUCUUGUGACUCACUUAUUUCCUGGCUAGGUUCUGUAGCUGGGGAUGUUGGUAUUGUUGUUGUCGGGUUGCAAGAAGUUGAAAUGGGUGCUGGUGUUCUUGCAAUGUCUGCAGCAAAAGAAACCGUAGGACUUGAGGGUAGUUCAGUUGGGCAGUGGUGGCUGGAUAUGAUAGACAAAACAUUGGAUGAAGGGCCAUCAUUUGAACGUGUUGGUUCUCGGCAAUUAGCAGGCUUACUCAUUGCUGUAUGGAUUAGAAAUAAUCUUAAAGCUUAUGUUGGGGAUGUUGAUGCUGCUGCAGUUCCAUGUGGCUUUGGGCGUGCAAUUGGUAAUAAGGGAGCUGUUGGUUUGAGGAUCAGAGUAUAUAAUCGAAUAAUUUGCUUUAUAAAUUGCCACUUUGCGGCACAUGUGGAGGCAGUUAAUCGUCGUAAUGCUGACUUUGACCAUGUAUAUCGAACAAUGACUUUUGGUCGACCUUCUAAUCUCUUCAAUGCUGCAGCUGGUAUGGUGCCGUACCUGUUCUUGUCUUGCUGGCUUGCAUGCUCAAUGUAUUUAUUUUGGCUUGUUUAUGGAUCUGGCUUGCCAUUGCUCCUUUGUAUUGCAGCUGGUUCUUCAUCAGCGGUCCAAAUGCUUCGUACUACAAAUGUUAUGGGUGCCAAUUCUUCAGAAGGAAUGCCUGAGUUAUCUGAGGCAGACAUGGUCAUAUUUCUCGGCGACUUCAAUUAUAGGCUUGGUGGUAUAUCUUAUGAUGAAGCAAGGGACUUCAUUUCUCAAAGAUGCUUUGAUUGGCUUAGAGAAAGGGAUCAGCUCCGAGCAGAAAUGGAAGCUGGGAAUGUCUUCCAAGGAAUGCGGGAAGCAGUUAUUAGAUUUCCUCCUACAUACAAGUUUGACAAACAUCAACCUGGUUUAGCAGGUUAUGAUUCAGGUGAAAAAAAGCGUGUCCCUGCAUGGUGUGAUAGAAUACUUUACCGGGAUAGCCGGUCAACUCAGGUGUCUGAAUCCAGUUUAGAAUGUCCUGUUGUCUCUCUGAUAUCACAGUAUGAUGCUUGCAUGGAUGUCACUGAUAGUGAUCACAAGCCUGUGCGUUGCAUAUUUAGUGUUGAUAUUGCACGAGUUGAUGAGUCAGUUAGGAGACAAGAAUUUGGGGACAUAAUGAAAUCGAAUGUGGAAAUUAGACACUUGCUUGAAGAACAAUGCAAGAUUCCAGAAACUAUUGUCAGCACAAAUAAUAUAAUCCUUCAAAACCAGGAUACAACUAUUUUGCGUAUCACAAAUAAAUGUGGGAAAAGUGUUGCUCUAUUUGAAAUUAUUUGUGAAGGUCAAUCUACAAUUAAUGAAGAUGGACGUGCAUCAGAUCAUCAUCCAAGAGGUUCCUUUGGUUUUCCUCGAUGGCUUGAGGUCAUUCCAGCAGCUGGUGUAAUUAAACCAGACCAUAUUGCAGAGGUAUCUGUUCAUCUCGAGGAUUUCCCCACCCUAGAAGAGUUUGUUGAUGGUGUCCCUCAAAACUCAUGGUGUGAAGACACCAGAGACAGGGAAGCUAUAUUGGUGAUCAAAGUGCAUGGUACAAACAACACAAACCACUCGAGAAAUCAUCGCAUCCGUGUGCGCCACUGCUGUUCAUCGCAGACGGUAAGGAUUGACCCAAAAUCCAAUCGCUCUAGGCAAGUCCAAGGAAGUCUUCUCCACCGGUCUGAUUAUCAACGACUCAGUAGUUCCUAUGAUGUGGUUGACCACCUACGUAAUUUGCAUAGUCCUUGAUUCAAAAAUGGCAUGCAGUGGUUGAAUGGCACACACUUUCAGAAAUAUUAUCCCUAAUCAAUCAUAGGAAUCCCUCAUAUCUAAAUGGACUGUUCAACAAGCAUCUAGAUGUAAAUUAAGAGGAGCAAUGUUGUGCUCUUUGCAAGUUCAAUAUUCAUUUAUAACUUAUAAAGUGAUUAUUUUUGCAGAUGAGCAGUUUGUGAAGGAGUUUUGAGUCCAAUUUGUUUGUAAGUGUACAGAAAAAAGGACUGUAUAAAGCACCCUUUUUUCUUUUCUUUUCCUUUUGCAGGGUGCUUUUUUAAAGCCUUUGUUUUCUAUUUAAAGCACCCAAAAAUACUGGGCAAAGUCAAGAAGUUGAUGCUUAUAGAUAUUUAAGCCUCUUACAUUGAGGUUUUAUUAUUAUUAUUAUUAUUAUUAUUAUUAUUAUUAUUAUUAUUAUUACAAAAGGGUUGGAACCCCAAACCAGGGAAGACAAAGGAGGGAAAACUAUCCCAGUGGUAAUGUCAUAAAGGACCUGACUCAAUCCUGGAGGAGGGCUGUGAAGAUUAUGUAUAUCGGCUGGAAAUGAAAAGGCCAAAUUAACUAACCAGCUGGAAAUGAAAGUUAUGUAUUUAUGUUGGCUUUAGUCUUCUGCUGCUCUUGUAAACUUGAUUGGAUGAGGAAAUUCAAAUGAUGCAUGAAUGUCGCUCAAUUUCCCCA